GUCUGACGUCACGUCGGCGGGCGUAAGGAGUGAUGCGGUUUUCCCGCCAUUGACACAGCUGGCGGCUCCGGGCCGGCGCGCGAGCUACGGAACUUGGAACUCUCGGGGACGUGAACGUUGCAUCGAGCGCGUGGUGGAGCCGGGGAGCAGGUGGUGCAGCAGCAGCAGCGAUGCCGGGCGACGGUGACGACUGGGUGAACCAUCCCCUGGGCGCCGUGCACCGCAUCUUCGCUCAAAACAAUGCAGACUGGGAGAAGAAAGUGGUGGAAUUUUUCUGGGAGAAGCUGAAGGAGACAACUGCGGCCAACUGGGUGCCUUCCUUGAACGAUGUUCCACUGCAUUACUUGAAGCCAAAUAGCUUGGUGAAAUUCCGCUGCAUGGUCCAGGACAUGUUUGAUCCAGAGUUUUAUAUGGGAAGUUAUGAGACGCUGGAGUUAAAUGCCAAAUCUAAGAUUCUACGCUUUGGAAAAUACAAAGAUGUUGCUGAAUGUGGGCCCCAGCAAGAGAUUGCCUUGGACUCUCCCAAAUAUGUCAGUCGGGAGAGGCAAACGUUUUAUUGUAUUCCCGUGCCUGGAGAAUCGGAGUGGGUCAAAGAAGUCUAUGCCAGUGCCUGUCAAGCUCGCGGCAAUCCUUCCACAUCCUACACUCCCAGUCGACACAAGAGGAGUUAUGAGGAGGACGAAGACAUGGAAAUGCAUCCGCCCAAACUAAAAGAGCAGUGUGCAGGUACAGGCUUGUAUGUAUUAAUGCUGUUCCCUUGCCUGAUAUCAGCUUCGCUCGGAUGUGGAGACGCCAAGCGUCUGGAAAAGGAGCCACCGGCCGGACAGCAGAACCUGUCAAAUUGCACAACGUCAAUCGAUCUCAAUUUCCCAUUACCAGGGGAGAAAGGGCCUGCGUGCCUUGUGAAGAUCUACGAGGACUGGGAUAGCUUCAAGAUCAAUGAUAUGCUGGAGGUUUAUGGGGUUCUAUCAGUGGAUCCAGCACUAGGUGUAAUGAAUGAAGAGAGUUCAAAGGGUGGUUUGUCGAUCUUGGAUCCGACCGAGUGUAUGGACACCAUGGAAGAACAGCGUGUUCACAGUCCGCCGCCCUCCUUGGUUCCAAGGCUUCAUGCCAUUGUAACUCGCAAACUGCAGCACGUUAAUCCACUCCUUCCUCUCACCCUGAACGAUAAAGAAAACCAGGACUUGAUCACAAACAUCCUGCCUGAAUUAUCAACAGUCAGAGCGGAGUUGCUUGGCUUUCUUACACACGUGUUACUGGGGGACAGUCUGGCAGCUGAAUAUCUCCUGUUACACUUCAUAUCAACGGUGUACUCCCGACGUGACAUUCUUCCAUUGGGUAAAUUUACAGUCAACCUGAGUGGCUGCCCCAGGAAUAAUAGUUACACAAAACAGCUGCACAAGACCAUUCAACAACUAGUUCCGUCAUCAUACUGUCUGCCCAUGACACUCCACAACAUGAACACUCUCCGAUUCAUCCCACACAAAGACUACACAGCCAAUCGCCUUGUCACCGGAGUACUGCAACUGGCCAGCAACACUUCACUCAUGUUAGACGAGACCUUACUGGAGCAAGGGCAACUGGAUAGUACAGGAGUUCGAAAUGUGACGGCCCUGGGUAAUUUGAUUACUUGGCAGAAGGUAGACUAUGACUUCAACUACCACCGGAUGGAAUUCCCUUGCAAUAUUAAUGUACUCAUCACUUCUGAAGGAAGAUCUCUCUUACCGUCUGACUGCCAAGUCCACCUCCAAGCUCAGAUGGUUCCUGCCAAUGUGGAACAAUACAUGACGAAUUUACUGAUGGCUCUGUUGCCUUCAAUGCUGAGGAAAUUCCGCAUGUACCUGAGUUUGCUCAGGUUGAUGGACUACAGCAUCUCUGAUGAAGUGACCAAGGCAGUGGAGGAAGACUUUGUGGAGAUGAGAAAGAGUGAUCCUCAGAGCAUAACGGCAGAGGAUCUCCAUCAGUUGCUUGUUGUGGCGAGGUUGAUAUCGCUGAGCACUGGCAACAGAACCUUGUCACGUGAGAGAUGGCAGCAAGCAAAGCAGUUGGAGGUUCUUCGCAGAAGUAGAAUACAACACAAAACGCAUGUAAACGGCAAUGAACCUUAAUGCCAGACCCUGAACUUCAAUAAAAUGCAACAGAACUUGCGUGCCAGUGGGCUUCGUGUAAAUUUACAGAGCUAACAUUCCUUCUCAGCCCACCUGCCAAACCUUUACAAUUGAGGAAAAAUCAUUGUUUUCUUUUUGUAGAACAUUUGUAUCAAAUUUUCUUACAUAAAUUUCUUAACUCUGACGGCUUUAAUUCAAGAUGUAUUUGUUGCUUGUAUUGAAGUCUCUGCCAUUUACUUGAGUACAUUCAUUUGUGAAAAUGUCUUCAACAUUCCUCUAUUACCACGGUUUCUCAAAUACAGGCUAUUUUUGUAAUUUUGUAAACUGCAUAACAUUGUACUUGUUUGAAAGAAAUUGCCUUAAAAAAAAUGAAACAAGAUUUCAACUGUUAGUUACUUUUGUUUCUUUUUUUUAUAAUUAGCCUAAUCAUGGGUUGGGGUGAACCUCUUGAUAUUUCCGCAUCCAGAUUUAACCUGUAAACUUAUGCUGGAGUCGCUAGUGAAUAGGUUACUUCACACAUCAUAGCUUUGGGUAAGAUAACUGUUUAAUCGAUGGGUUAACUUCUAACAUUAAGGCUGUCCAUUUUGUUCCCUUUUUUAAUUAUUUGAUCAGCCUUUACUGGGUAUUUACAAUUGAAUACAUGCUGCCUUCAAAUUCUAACAAUAUUUUUGCAUCUGUUUUGAAAAUUAAUUUUUAAAGACUUAUUGAAAUUA